UUGCUGCUGCUUCGUUUUUCACUCGAGCCGAAGUAUAGAAGAAAAAGAUUCAACCUUUGAAGUUUUGAAUCUUCAAGACAAGAUUUUCAGAAAUUUUCUCGGCAAAGUUUCAUUUUUUUUCUCUGAUUUUCCAUCCAUCCAAACAGCCCCUGACACGGAACAAGAUUCCCUUGUUGAUGAAAACCUCCCUCUCUUCUCCAAAUCCAAAACCAAACCUAAACCCAAACCCAAAUCCAAGACUAUUUAAGACUUAAGAGCAAGACACUAACCUCACUAACGAACCCCCACAACUUGAAAAGUUUACAGUUUCAACCCCUAAUUCUACUACCGCCGCCGCUACCGCAACCAUCACUUUCGCCGACCUGGGUCUAGCCGAUUGGGCCGUUGAGACAUGCAAAGAACUGGGUAUGCGGCGGCCUACACUGGUCCAGGCCCACUGCAUUUCGAAAAUUUUGGAGGGCCGCGACAUUCUAGGUCUGGCGCAGACUGGGAGUGGGAAAACGGCGGCAUUUGCGCUUCCAAUACUGCAGCGGUUGGCAGAGGAGCCGUGCGGGGUGUUGGCGUUGGUGAUAACGUCGACGAGGGAGCUGGCGUUUCAGCUAGCUGAGCAGUUUAAGGCUUUGGGUUCUUGCUUGCAUUUGAGGUGUGAGGUGGUGGUUGGAGGCAUGGAUAUGUUGAAGCAAGCCAAGGGUUUAAUGAAUAGACCCCAUGUGGUUAUUGCUACUCCUGGCAGGAUUAAGGUCUUGCUUGAGGAGGAUCCUGAUAUGCCUCAGGUGUUUUCUAGAACCAAGGUAUGUGUGCUAUCAAGUUUCAUGUAGAAUUUGGAGACUGGUGUUCAUGUAAUGGUUGCCAUUGUAGAAAUUGGUGGACAUGUAGUUGUUCAUUAGUAGUGAUUUUUAUUGGUGUUACUGUUAUUCAACAUGAUCUGUUGAAUUUCAAUUUCGUCAUCCUGAUAGAGAGACUGAAAGGCUUAGUAGAGAAUUUAGAAGUGGGGCUACGUAGCUGCUGUCCAUUGUUUUCACCUAGGGGUUUUGGGAGUUGGGUUUAAGUCGAGAGGUGUCAGAGGAAUGCUGCAUUAAAAUUUAAAAUCUUCACUUUGAUUUUCUCUUGUUUGAAGAAAAGAAGGCCGGAGAAUUUCUACAGUCUUUGUUUGUGUGUUCUUAUUCUACCUAGGUUCUGUAUGUGUUCCUGGAAUGGGUGUAGCAUGUCUUCCUUUUGCGAUUAUUCCGAAAAUUACUCAUUUGUAUUCUUUUAUAUUAUGUCCAGUUUCUGGUUUUGGAU